AUCGGAGAGGUGGGGGGCGGGCUUCCGGUCGUCGCUCCGCUAGGAGGCUGAGCUGUAGUUCCCAGAGCCACUUCGAGGCUUCCCGGCCACCAGGGAGCUCCCUACUCUCUUCUUUGGAAGCAAGUAAUAAUACGUCCAGCCUGUGCUCAAGGGAAGUGGGCUUGAGCGCCACCUUCUGGACAGAGUCAUAUCUGCUUAUGUUAACUGGAAUUUUUCUGCUGGAGCAAAAGCAGGAUUUGGAAAUAGAGUGGAUGAGAGCCCUAAGCAGGAGCAUUGGAUAUUCCCCAGAGGUUCUGGUAUAGAUAACUGGAUUUUUACCACCCUUGGAUACACUCCUGAUAUGGAGAAGAUGGAGGAACAAUUUGCUAAUUUGAACAUUGUUAAACGUUCCUCAGAAACUAAAGAACCUACUUAUCUGCUUGGCAUAGACACAUCAAAGACCAUAUCAGCAGAAAAAGGAAGCUUGGUUGCUGUUUUAUGUUCUAGUGGAUCAAUCCGAAUAUAUGAUAAAGAAAGGUUAAACAUACUACGAGAAUUUAGAGGGUAUCCUGGACUUAAUGGAGUCAAGUUUGCCAGUUCCCAUGACAGCGUGUAUUCAUCCUGUGCUGAUGGCACUGUAAAAUGUUGGGAUGCUCGAUUAGCCAGUAAUAAACCUGUCCAGCUGUUCAAGGGUUACCCUUCCAAUAUUUUUAUCAGUUUUGAUAUCAGCUGUAAUGAUCAUAUCAUUUGUGCUGGUACAGAAAAGGUUGAUGAUGAUGCAUUGUUGGUAUUUUGGGAUGCAAGAAUUAAUUCUCAAGGCUUGUCUGCUCCUAAAGACCCAUUAGGUGCAUAUUCAGAGACACACAGUGAUGAUAUCACUCAAGUAUGUUUCCAUCCCAGAGACCCUAACAUGGUUGUCUCAGGUUCAACUGAUGGCUUGGUAAACGUAUUUGACAUCAGUGCUGAUAAUGAAGAAGAUGCACUCGUUACAACCUGUAAUUCCGUUUCAUCAGUGAGCUCUAUUGGUUGGUCUGGGAAAGAUUAUAAACAGAUUUACUGCAUGACACAUGAUGAAGGAUUUUGUUGGUGGGACCUUAAUCAUCUGGAUACCGAUGAACCAAUUACACGUUUGAACAUCCAGGAUGUCAGACAAGUCAUUAAUGUGAAAGAAGGUGUUUUGGACUAUUUGAUUGGUGGCCUGUAUCAUGAAAAGACAGACAGAUUGUUUGUUGUUGGAGGAACAAACCAAGGAAUUAUUCAUAUAAUGAGCUGUACUGCAUCGGGAUUGGUCCAUGUUACCAGUCUGCAGGGAGGGCAUGCUGCUACAGUCCGAUCUUUCUGCUGGAAUAUGCAGGAUGAUUCUUUGCUGACUGGAGGAGAAGAUGCACAGUUGUUACUUUGGAAACCUGGAGCAACGGAGAAGACAUUUACAAAGAAAGACAGCAUGAAAAUAGCCUCCUCUGUGUACCAGCGAGUCCGAGUUCACAGUAAUGAUUCAUAUAAGAGAAGGAAAAAGCAGUGAUGUUACCUUAGGAGUUGACCUCAUAGGUUUUAUUUAGAGUUGCAAACAAUUAUUUCUGUAUACUAUCUGUGCUUAAAGAUCAUCUUUAAAAACAAGCCAGUCCUGGAAAAAUGUUGGGAAUAUUUUAAUUCAGAUCUUCAUGUAUUCUAAAAUUAUUUUUUUUAAGCCACCAGUUGAGUGUAUAAUCAGUGACUUGAAAGUAAAAUUACAUUCCUCAUUUUAAAAACCCAUCUGUUGAAUUAGUGAAUGUUGGGUUUAAAGAAAUAGCUUUGAUAAGUGUUUUUUAGAAGUAAAUGGCUGAUGUGACUUUAAAAAGCAGGUGGUUUGGGCUAUGUUUUUUUAAGCUCAGUUUUACAUUUUAAAUCGUCUUCAUUAUUUUUAAAGCCAAAUCAGAGUAUUUUCUUCAUUUUGAGAAGCUCCUACUUGCUUAAUACAUAUAGAUUACACUAGUGUAUUUAAAUAUAAAUAUUCUAAUGAGUUUAAAUAGAAUUAAAUGUUUUCAGAAAUAAAGUGAUUUGCAUUUAUUUGAGAAAAAUACAUUUAGUAAAUAUUUUCAUCUAUCCUUUAAUAUUGUUUGUUAAACAGUAAACAGGUGUUUUGCUGAUGAAACAGAAAUUACCUUGUGAAAUUCACUUUGAAAUUCAAAGUGAAUAUAUACAAAUGAAAGUAUUUAUAAUAGUAAAAUAACUUUAUUUUAAAAUAUUUCAAUAUUUUGUGAUAAAAUUUUCUUCUAUAGUGUUUCAUCCAUCCAUAAUUUUAAACUUGAAUUUUUGUUUACUGAUAAUUUUUCCGUCCUUCCUUUUAAUAUUUCUCCAAAGAAUCUUUAUUAAAAAGUUGAUCCCUCUAAA